AUGACUGCUUCGGCGGUUCCAGCGGAGUUGCUCGCGGGAUGCCCCGUGGCCGCUGACGUGGGCGGCACUGCCGCAGCGGCGACGCAGCCGGGCGGUUCGGCGAAGCUGCUCGCCACGCUGGUCGCCGCCGCGGCGCGUGGGGCGGCGCGAGCAGGGGGCAACCCUGCCGUUGCGGAGUUCGAUGCCAGCGUCGGCGGCGCGGGCUCGCUCCUCGAGGACACGGAGAAGAUGCCCCUGGUGGUGGGGCAGGCCGCAGGCCGCAGUGGCAAGCUCGGCGUCUCCGAGGCCAAGGCGCUGCUUCGAGAUCGCAGGCCUUCUGGGGCCCUCCUGGCUGUUCGGCUCGGUCGGUUGAGCAAACCCAGGAUCGUGGCCAGCCACCCGGACGUCGGGCUCGCCCAGGACAGUCGCGGCGUCUUCGGGGCGGCGAUCGGCAGCGACGGCGAGGGCGGCUUUUCCACGGAGGUCGGCGGCGCGCCCCGCUCCCGGUCGGCAAAGGAGAUGGUCCCACAGCGCGCCCAGGUCGCCGCGGAGGGCGUCCAGCCGCUCGCAGAGCCGCUGGCCGUGGCGCUGGCGCCAGGCGCGCGGCACGCGAUCGACUUCGUCGGUGCUGGUUCGGACGCGACGGUGAAGAUCGAGGGCGGCUUGGUGGGCAGUUUGGUCGGCUCCGACGGCGGCGGCUACGCCCAUAGCAGAUCGUGCCCGUCCGAGGCCAAGGAGGCGAGCUCGCUCGCGGAGCGGGCUGAUUCGUCCAUGGGCGAAGCGAGCCCGCAGAGGGUCAGCUCGGACCUCGACGGCGCGAGGUUGCAGGCCCCGCCUGUUGGUCGCGAGUGGGGCGGUGCCGACCUGCGGGGCUGCGAUUGGCACGAGCCCGCCGCCUCCCAUGUGUGGGGGAUCAUGGCCCCAGACGCUGUGGCGGUGGAGGCGUGGAAGUCCAGGCUGCAGAGGUCUGCGGGCGCGGAGACUGCCGCUGACCUCACACACCGCGCGCGCGCGGUCUUAGCCAGCGUGGCCGAUUGGGCGGCAAACAGCGAGAACCAGGCCAGGUGCGUGGUGAAAACGGUCUAUGUUCACCUCGUCACGUAG